UCGUGCUUCCUCGUUCAGAGCAGCCUGUUUACAGCGUACAGGUCAUUGUUGUUUUGUGUUAACCAGAGAACGACAUCACCUGAUUAAAUCAGUCAUGAACUGUAUCAUUAGAACCACAGCCAGGUUCCUUCGGUCGAGCGCGGCGAUGCGUGCGUCCAGGCAGACGAACUUGGCUUCGGCUCGGUUGCUGUGCUCGGCGGCGGAGGUCCAGAAGCACCUCGGUGAGCUGGUGAAGAAGGACAAGGUGGUGGUGUUCAUGAAGGGGACGCCGGCGCAGCCCAUGUGCGGCUUCAGCAACGCCGUGGUCCAGAUCCUUCGGAUGCACGGGGUGGACAACUACGCUGCCUACAACGUGCUGGAGGACCAGGACCUCAGAGAUGGAGUCAAAGCCUUCUCCAACUGGCCCACGAUCCCUCAGGUGUACUUUAAUGGGGAAUUUGUGGGCGGCUGCGACAUCCUGCUCCAGAUGCACCAGAWUGGAGAUCUGGUGGAGGAGCUGAAGAAGCUCGACAUACGCUCCGCGCUGCUGGACACGGAGAAGGAAGCCAAGUAAACAAAAGAGAUAAAUGAGAAGAAGACAGAGGAGACCCACCCCCCCAGCCCGACUCAAACACACCCAAAAUGAUUGCAGAGAAAAUGGCUCCAAAAGCAGCCAAUGAAAAUUCUACAAGAAAUAUCAAAGAUAAAUUUGUACUGAUCUAAAACCCGACAGCUGAGGACGUGGAAAGAGGUUACAAGUAGUAAAAUAAAAUCAGUUUAUCAUG